UCGCUUAUUGGACGUUAACCAAGAUAAGUGGCGCGAGCGUCGCUCAUCGGUAACCCACCGCUACACGCUGUCCCUAGCCUCAGUCGCUGUCCACCCAGCCAGUUAACGCUACAUUCAGGACUCUAUAUCUACUUGAAAGAUGGACAUCAAAUCCGUGUUGGUGGUCGACGGUGUCGGCGCAAACUGCACAGAGAUUCUUAAUUCUCAUGGAAUCAGCGUUGUCAAUAAGGCGAAAAUCACCAAAGAUGAACUUCUUCAAGAAAUCCCGAAAUACGAUGCCUUAGUGGUCAGGUCUGCAUCACAAGUCACCAAGGAGGUUCUAGAAGCUGGCAAGAACCUGAAGGUUGUUGGUCGCGCUGGUGCAGGAGUGGACAACAUCGACGUCGUCACCGCUGGACAGCGAGGAGUCGGUGUUAUCAAUGCUCCCGGAGCCAACGCUUUAAGCGCUUGCGAGCUGACUUGCAGUCUGAUCCUAAACCUGUCAAGACACGUAGUGCCGGCUGCUGCAGCCCUGCGAGCUGGUCGCUGGGACCGCGCCCUCUACACCGGCACUGAACUCAACGGCAAGACUCUCGCCAUCCUUGGACUCGGCAGAGUUGGCAGAGAAGUCGCCAUCCGCAUGCACUCCUUCGGCAUGAAGAUUAUAGGUUACGACCCGUUCGUGACGGCAGAACAGUGCGCCUCAUUCCACGCCACAAAGAUGGAGUUGGAUGAGAUCUGGCCGCUUGCUGAUUACAUCACCCUGCACACGCCUCUUAUUGAAUCGACAAGAAAUUUCAUUAAUGCGAAGGUACUCGGUCAGUGCAAGAAAAAUAUAAAGAUCGUUAACGUCGGACGUGGUGGUCUUAUUGACGAGAGGGACCUUCUUGAUGGACUGAACUCCGGCCAUGUUGGAGGUGCAGCUCUGGACGUGUUUGAGCAGGAGCCUCCCACUGAUCCCCUGACCUUGGAAAUCAUUCAGCACAAAGCCGUCAUAGCAACUCCUCACUUAGGAGCAUCCACAAAGGAGGCUCAAGUACGUGUGGGCCAGGAAAUUGCUGAACAGUUGGUUAACCUGGUCAAACCUGGCACCUACAAUACUCCACUGGCUGAAGUUACACGCGUCUUAAACAAGUAGACAUUACAUGCCUGCCUGUUGGGGUGCGAUGACCUUUAGUUUUAAUAAUCUAGUGUCAAUUACCAUUACGAUAAUGGUCAACUAACGUUAUUGACUGAUUUAUUGUGUUACGCAGAACAAUAAAUCAGUCUCCAGCUUCUGAUACGUACGUAGGUUUACAGAUACAACGAUACUUUUUAUAGCUUAAGUAAUUAAUUUUAAGUAUUUGUUACAACAUUCCUAUAUAACGUUUCUAUGUCUUAGUUUAAAUAAACUAGUGUCAACUACCAUUAGGGUAAUGGGCAACUAACGUUGACUGAUUUAUUGUUACUCACAAUAAUAAAUCAGUGUAAUCCAAUUGUUCAUUGCGCUACGUCCUGCGUGAGCGAUCUAGAAGCGAUCACGAUUACGAGGCGGUGACACGCGAGUGUAAUGCGUUCGUUUUUGUUUCAGUCAGUAUAACCAAACAAAAAUAUGUCAACACCGCAUCCAAAUACGACAGUUCGUUCAGUUAUGUCAUUUUUUGUUUGGUCACGUAGGACAAUUCGCAAGUCUCUGCUUUAUAAUCGCGUUCGCUUCUAGAUCGCUCGCGCAGGAUGUAACAUUACAAUUCAAUCAAUCAUUGUUAGGAUAAGAAGACUACUACAACAUAGGUAAAGCAUGUAUUUCUUGACAACAGGCUUGACUCGCGUCACGCACUCAGGUUGUGUGUCAUGUUAUUAUAUUUAAACCUACUUUAAUUGCUAUAAGAUCAUGUAUGACAAUUAAGAAAAAAAAUGUAACUUAUGUCCAAAUACUCAAACGCCCCUCAAUUUUAGGACGCGCUUAAGUAUAGUUCU